GCAUUGUAAAAUAAAGUUCAAAUUGUUCCAUGUAAAAAUCCACUUGGUCAUGAUGUGUCCUUAACUUAUUUUGGUGUUUAACAAUGUGAAAUUAUUAGUAAAUAUUUGGAUAUAAAAAUUCGACAAUCAAUUAAAAAAAUGGCAGAUGAAAAUACGAAUGUGGAUAUAGUGGAACCUUCUAAUGUGCAACUGUCAAGACAACCCAGCCCAGGGUCUCAGAGAGAGGUGCCACCAACUAUGGAUACCUCGGAAACUAUAGGAGCUGAUGCUGAAGCUGAUGUUCCUUUACCAUCAUCUCCACGCUCUGUUAAAAGUUACCAGUCACCAAUUGCUAUUGAAACUCAACGUUCUUCCCCGACACGUACCACUCCAAACGCUUCUUCACCACCAAGGAGUCGCGGUUCGAUAGGAAAAACAUCUGUUGGAAAAACUUCGUUGAACUUAUCAAUAAAAAGUGAUAAAAACAAGGAAUCUAAAAUAGAAUUGAAAAAAUCAGUAAGUCCAAGCGCGAAAAGUUUCAGUUCCGGUAGAGGCAAAGAAGAUAUUUUACAAACGAUAAUCGAUCUGGAGCCCCAAGGAAAAGACAUCAGUGAUCAUGUAGAGGAAUUGACUGAAUCCAUCAAACAACUCACAAAAAAUAUCGAACAACCCAACUCAACUCAUUUAAAUAAAAACAUCGAUAAAAUAGCAACAAUGAGCAAAUUAUUAACAAACGAAGCUAAUGCAUUACGGGAAUCUAUAAAAAGUUUAUCAGAUGAUUUAAGUCGAACCAAAAAAGAAUUUCUCGCAGUACAAGACGAGGAUGUAAAUUUUCCAUAUCAUCUAUUUCUAAUCGAAUUAAUAAUAAACAAAAUACAUAUGAAAUGCGAAUGUUUCGAGUUCGAUUUUAACAAUUUAGUUAUAACAGCUAAUUUCUUGGGAAAACAACCAAUAGUUUUAUACGAUUCCUCGUAUGGGAAAGUGGAUGAUUUUGCGCAUCUGAAUGUCGGUAAAUCGGCCUUGUUCGCAAUGACUUAUGAUAAAAUAUGCAAUAUCAAAGAGUUUGUAAUAAAGCUGAAGAUAGUAAAGCAUCCGCCAUGUUCCAAUUGCGUUACCAAAGUUGGUGAAACUCGAGCUGACUAUACAAAGGAUUUUAUUGCACUCCGCGAAGAACUGUGCAAGAAAUGGGCGAGCGAACAGCCUACUGACAACAUUAUGUGCACUACUUCGACACCUAUGAGCAAAAAUAUAUUUUACGUUUGGUGUGGUGAAACUGAAAAGAGUGAUUCUAUAGGCGUAAUUGAGAUUUCAGCUCGUAUGUCUUUCCUCGGAAAGGAGAUUACAACGGCGUUUAUAGCUUCGCCUAAACAACAAGGCACGUCAGUCCUGCAGAAAGAUGAUAAUGGUAUGACAAUGUACUCUUGCCAUAACGUCGAAUUGGACGGACAAGGAAAGGUUCUACUGGAUGAGGAUUCUCUGACCAGAAAGGAGAUCCCACGCAGCGCUCACACUGUGUACAGUAGGAGAGCGGACAGUCCUGUUUCACAGUUUUCAAGCGCAUCCUCCAAACCAUCAAUGAAACAUCAUUAUGGAUAUCGACAUCAAGUAGAAGGAAUACCGAAGUAUGACGAAAUAUUCACAAAGAUGAAUGCAAACGAAUUAAAAAUCAGAGUGCCUAAGACAACGAAAGUCGAGAGAAUGGGAAAAUACGACAAAAUACAGGAAAUAUGCUCAUGUGAAGAUACUCCUUAUAAUACUGGGGAACAAAUACAAUUUGACCUGCCGAGAGAUUUGUGUUAUCCAGCCAACUCUAAUAACUAUUCUACGAAUCUUAAAUACACUUACGCCGGCAAAGACAGAAACUGCGAUGCGAGAGAUCGAAAGAUAAUAAAUGUCACUCCAUCCAAUUGUCCUGUUCCUGUUAAUAUGGAGAAAAUGGAUCAUCCGCAAAAGGAUGUAUUCAUAUUAAAAAUAGGCAAGAAAUUAGAAACAAAGGAUAAAAAGACAGAUCUUGAAAUAGAAUUGGUGACACCGAAAGCACCUUUUCCUGAAAUUAAUAACCACAUCUCCCAGCAAUGCAGCUCUAAUGAAAUAAAGAAACCUGAUUCAGUUAAUACGAAAAAAGAUAAAAAUAAGAAAAAGAAAGAUAAACCGAAGUCUGGUAAAAAGAAAAAGAAAUGAUGUAACAUUUCUCAACGAAAGAAUAAAAUUAUUCCCUUUUUUCAAUGUCUAUUCCUUUCGUCUUUAAUCUUUUAUAUCAACCGCCUAGACCUAGACGUAUUAAUAUAACAUUUUCCUCUGCCAGGUAAAUUCCAUGAUUGUUGGUAGAUCACCUAAAUUUAAAACAAUUUACAUCGU